CAAACCCUAAAUCAGAAACAUCAUAAUUUCUUCACCCCCAAAACCAUGAAACGAACUCGAUCCCAAACCAAAUCCAAUUCCAUUUCCAACAACAAUCCACAACCCCAAAUCAAAACCCUAAACUCUUCAAAAAUCCCUUUCCCCGCCAAAAAAAUCCCAAAACUCACCACCAAAAAACCAAUUCUUUCACCUUCAUCAUCACCACCACCAAUCGCAAAACCAUUAUCAUCAACCGGAGAACUCGAAACCGCCCUCAACCACCUCCGUGCCGCCGAUCCACUCCUCUCAACCAUAAUCAACACCUUCCCUUCUCCCCAAUUCUCAAACAAAAUCACGCCUUUCUUUUCUCUCAUCAAAACCCUAAUUUCCCAACAACUGUCAAACAAAGCUUCAUCAUCAAUCGAAAACCGUUUCAUUUCUCUCUUUGAUUCACAAUCUUCAAUUCUCCCAAACGCGGUUCUAUCCCUUACCCCAACUCAGCUUCGUGAAGUCGGAAUCUCAGGACCAAAAUCAACCUACAUUCAUGAUCUUUCGACGAAAUACGCUAAUGGUUUUUUGUCGGAUUCAUCGAUUAUUGAAAUGGAUGAUGAAAUGUUGUAUGAGAAAUUAACUUCGGUUAAAGGAAUUGGACCUUGGUCUGUUCAUAUGUUUAUGAUUUUUACACUUCAUCGUCCUGAUGUUUUGCCUGUUGGUGAUCUUGUUGUGAGAAGAGGUGUGGAAAAAUUGUAUGGUCUUAAGGGUUUGCCUUCACCUUCACAAAUGGAGGUUUUGUGUGAGAAAUGGAAGCCUUAUAGGUCUGUUGGGUCUUGGUAUAUGUAUAGGUUUCUUGAAGCUAAAGGGGUUUUGCCAAGUCAUACUACUUAGUUUAUGUUCGAAGAUUUAGUGAAGUUUCAAAGUGUAGGCCUUUGCCAGAAUUACAGUGGUUCACCUGCCAAUUUGACCGAUGAUCCAAACAAAGUUUUAUAGCGUGUUUGGUUGCGUGGUGGGCUGCCGCAGUUGUGUGUCUGGAGCCUCUUAAACGCGGAAAAUGAGAAGCUGGGAUUUGGUGUGUCAAAACAAUGCGUGUUUGCAGGCUUUCUAAACGCUAAAACAAACACUUGCUUAGUGUCAUGAAGUUGUAUUUGUGUUUCAAGUUCUAACCUUUGCUAUUUUGUUAGUCUUUGAACAUGUGGCUGAUUUGUGUUAGAACCAGACAAUCAGUAAUGUUUUGUAUUUAUGGUUUAGUGAAAAUCAAUUGGGUUGCUUGUUUGAGAAGGAAAAGUUGUUUGAAGAUGCUAAGGCAUAGGUAUAGGGGUGUGUGGUUUGGAUGGAUAAUAUGAAACUUUUGGAGGACAAGUUUAGAGAGAUAAAUGUCAUGAUAUUAACAUCUGAGAUGAAUGAAUAUUUACACGGCCUUUAGUUGCUUUGUGCAUGUUUGAAUUGAUUGUGAGUUUGAUAUUAUUUUGAGACUCGGAAGUAUAGUUUUUGUCAAAAUUAUAGUACAGGUUAUGAUUCUGCCAUUGCCAAACCAAAAACGCACAUGCUGUGUCAAGGUAUUUGUUUGAUUCGUUUGUUGGAUCAGAUGUGUGUGUAGGACGAUUCUCUCUCGGGCAAUGCCUUAUAGUAAUGCCUUAUAUUGUUUGCUUGGGAUGAUAAUUAUUUUGUAGGACUUUGCUAUUGAA